AUCGACCCGUUUCUGUCGCCGAAGUAGAUUUUUCACCUAACUGGUCGGUCGUCGAGUCGGUCCGUAGUUGCGAAUAAAUAACUUUCAAGAGUUUGCGUCGUUAUAAAUAUCGUUUUCAUCAUGGCCAAGUUCAAUUUGGGAACGGUGAUUCUGUUGGGAACGGUGCUCGGUUCGGCGUUGGCCCACUACAGUGGCCCAUUUCUCUUCUGGGGAGUGAGUGAUUUGAAGGGCGUCCAAGUGUCUGCUCUGGAAGGGCUCGACGAUAAGUUUCUGCGGGAUGUGUACUCCAAUGCGGCGGCUGUGGUGGUUUUUCUACGGAACGGAACGGCCAAGUUGAACGACGAUAACUUCCCCAGCUUCCGGAGGAUAAUCGAGAAGCACGAGUAUGUGUACAGUGCCCAGGAGGAGCUGAGCUCCAACCCGCUCGAUUACAACAUCAAUGCCGAGAUAAUCAACCUGGUCGGUUCCCCUGUUCAGCAAGACGUGGAACUGGCAGCCCUCUAUCGCGAUUCAACGGCCAACUACGGCGAGCACAAAGUGCUCGGAAUUUUGGCCAGCCGUUGGGACGAACCGCACCACAAAUUGUGGAAGCGUGAAGCCAAACAGGACGAUUCGGCUACGAGCACCACGCCAGCGGGACCCACCGAAGAGCCCGUUAUGGAAGACGCCAUCUACAACGGUAAGGACAAGGCCAUAAUCUACAUGACCUCGGCUCCGGUGCUGAGCAUUAACAGCACCGACGAGGAGAGCAUUGUCCUCAACAAGCACACCACCGUGACGUACGAUUCUCGCGAGGGCGAAAGCACGCUGAUGGUCACUUUCAAGACGGAGGAUACCACCAAGGUAACGCUCAAGUUCCGCUUCGAGAUAGACGCCGGCUACUGGAGCAUGCCGAAGGUAGAUGUCCAGCUGAUCGACACUAAAAGUAAAGAUACCAGCAAAACGCCCGAUACCACUCUGGAAAUCAGCGAAGCCGACACCCCGUACGCACCCCUCGGAUUCUCCUACUCCUGCUCUAGGCAGCUGGUAUUCCGCAAUGGAUCCACUGUUCUAACACUGGAAAACAUUCAGGUCCAACCGGCGCUGGAAAAUGGUCCCAAGUUCGGCAGCGCCUGGGACUGCAUCGGCUUCACAACGGCCCCGAUCUGGUCCGGUUUGUUCGUGACAUCGUUCAUGGCCGUCGGGCUGGCACUGGCCAUCUGCGCCAUACUGGACAUCAAACCUCCGAACCGGUUCGAGUCCCGCACCGGAAAGCAACUCACGUUCACCGUACAGGAGUAAGCAGGACCACCCCCCAGUGGCCCGUGGUCAAUAGCUUCUAACCUUUUAGCGACCCGCAUGAACAACCUUUAGCACUACAUUGAGGGGACGCAGACGCGUACGAGAGCCGACUGAAAUAACGAAGAAAAUAGUGUGUAGUAGCAAAAGCCAGGAGUUAAUCACCUGGUCUACCAGAGAGGGUACAUGGCGAUUACCGUGGGUCUUGAUUCAACGACACAGUUUACAAACGCCACUGCUGUUGAUGCGUGGAGAGAUUAAUAAAUAGAAAAUAAACCGCUCCCUCUUGAAACCGCCAACCAACCAACGCCGCUGCUUCGGAACUAACUAACCGGGGAAACUCUCCUGCGUUUCCACUAAAUCAAUGCAAAUAGCUAUGCAAAGUGCGUUACGUACCGCCAAUCUUGUUUCAAUAGGGUACGACUGGAUGUAAAACUUUUCAAUAAUUGUAAUUUUUAUCACUUUAUUUUUUUGUUUGUUAUGUUUUGCACCAUGACCCCACUUUUAGAUAA